GAGUUAUGGGUGCUGGCUGGAGGUCUGUGGACGCAUGGCAGGGCUCUAUCUUUCUGAGCCUCUGUUCUUGCUCCGUCCAAAGAGACAGCAGCAUGAACUCUGCCUCUUCCCCAGAGCUUGGAGGGAUGAGGGAGAAGAACAGAGAAGGCCCCUCCUGUGCAGGGAAGCUUGGGGUUCCCAGCCUCUUCCCUGCUGCAUGUGAACUUCUGUGAGGGGCCAUGGAACACGGGAAGAGGAGGUGUUUGUGUGGGGCGUCUGUGGCCAGGGAAGGGGUCUGAGCCUGGGUGAUGCUGAAGAUGAUGACCUUCUUCCAGGGCCUUGUGCCAGAGACCCUCGGCACCCCUGGAGACCGCGCCAAACCGCAGUCUUCGUCGGAGUCCGAGGCCUCCAUGUCAGAGGCGUCCUCGGAAGAUCUGACCCCGGCCCGAGAGGCCGGGGCGGCCCCCGACGGGGAGGCCGAAGGGGCUGCCAAGAAGAAGUCAAAAGGACUGGCCAACAUGUUCAGCGUCUUCACCAAGGGGAGGAAGAAGAAGAAGAGGGAGGAGAGUCAGCCUAGCCCCGCAGAGCCGGAGAACGAGCCCAAGCCAGAGCCAGCGCUGGACGGCCCACUGCCCACAGGUAGCCGGGGUCCGCGGGAG